AUUUCUCCGAUGCUGUGGCACUGCCUGCUUUUCAUUGAAGUGUGCAAUGUACUGUAUGAGCUAGUAGAGAGACCUCUUGUGGAGGGCAGGUGAGCUACACGCACAAAGAGACUAAAACGUUUUAAAUUUAUCGAAUUGUAUUUUGUUUUAUUUUUACUGUUGAUUUUGGUGGAAGGGUUUCUCCAUAUCAGGUUUUCAAUUUUAAUAUAAAAUAUAUAGAACACACAUUUUAGAAGAAAAAAAAACCCAAUGCUACAGCCGUUACAUUAUUUACAUAAUUAACCAGCAACUAAAAACCUUGUUUCCUUGUUUAGGAAUACCAAAUAUUACGAUUAGCCAACGAUUUAAAUUAUUUGCCACGUUUCUAUACAUCAAACACGGUUGUCCUUUAUUAUUUUAAAUAAAGGAAGUAAAAACUCUGCCCCAUAGUGGCUGUCUUGACGUCAAUGCUCUUUCAGAGGAAUUAGUUCUUGCAUCUUAGUUCAAAUCAAAUCAAAAUAAAAAAACCUGCUUCAUUUGAUUUCCCGUCUCGCCCUCAGUCGCGGGUCCUGGAGGGACCAAAGACGAUGGGAGAAGUUGGUAAAAUGCAAACAUGGCUUGUUUUUAUUUGGCGACUGUGCAACAUUUUCAUGUCGUUGUUCUUUGCUCUCGCCACAUAUGUGCAAAUCAAUGAUCCUGAUGCGGGGUUGUGGAUGUUGGGUUACGGUGUUCCUGCUGUUCUGUGCGCACUGAUUGGUUGGAAACCUCAUGUAACUGAGUCUUUAGUUUGGAGACGUGUCGCAGAUCUCCAUGUGCUGAUAUCCAGUGCAGUCAUCGCCAGGCUCUGUUGGAUACUCUAUACAGAGCAGAUCACACACACAUUUCAGCAGUCUUCUUUCAGAGAAUGUUCUGGUCUGACAUUGACUGUGAUUUGGCUCCUCCUGUCUCGAAACACUGGAAGGGCUUUAGUCGGGAUACCUACAGUCUUGACAGCUGCUGCAAUCACGGUCUUUCCAUUUGUGGCCUGGAUAUACUAUUAUGUUAACAAAGAAUUGAGAUCAAACUGGCCGGCACAUUGUACUACUGUAAUAUAGACUUUCAAGCACAUCUCUGUUUCUGUGCCAGAAAA